GCCCACCAAAAAGAAUCAUCUCAAAUAAAAACAAAUAAAAUCAACAAAAAGCAAUACCAAACACAUCCAUCAUAUCUUCGCUAAAAGUCAACUCCUCUCUCUCUCUCUCUCGCCCUCCCCUGCAUUUUCUUCUUAUCUGCUUUUCUCACCUCCCUCCUAUUCUCUCUCAACUGAACCAGAGCUUCUACCAUGAACAAUCAGCUAUAGACCUCUCUCUCUCUCUCUCUCUGUCUCUCUCUCCCUCUCCCCUAAAAUUCUUGAAAUGGGUAAUGGUGUAGGCAAGCUCAACCUCUGCUUCGCCGGAGACGCCGGCGAAAUCUCACGCCGGCGACACCACAUCUCCGUCUACCUCUCCGACCCUCUCGACGACGGUUUAGGCCACUCCUUCUGCUACUUCCCCCAAGACUCCUCUCUCCUCUCCUCCUCCUCCUCCUCCACCACCACCUUCAAAUCCAUCUCCGGCGCCUCUCUCUCCGCCAACACUACCACUCCUCUCUCUACAUCGCUCAUCGAUCUCUCUCUCUACAACACCGCCUCUCUCGACAAAGCCUCUUCAUUCCAGAGCUCCGACUCCUUCGCUUCAAUUCCUCUCCAACCCAUUCCUCGGAAUUCAAUUCCCUCUGUUCGUUCCAGCCCAAUUCCCCCAACCUCCGGAGCUAUUCCUAGCUCCGGACCGAUCGAACGAGGAUUCCUCUCUGGUCCGAUCGAGCGGAACUUCAUUUCGGGUCCAUUAGAAAACCAAUACGAUCAUCUCCAGAGAUAUAAGCCUAACUACAAGAAAUGGGAUAUGAUCAGAAAUCUCAAAAAAACGAUCGCAAGGGUUGCUUCGGGGAAAGUUUCGGAUUGGACUAAUGGGUUGGACAAGAACAAUGAGAAUGGUACAGUGAAUAGUGGCAAAAAUUUUAAUAGACAAGUGAGCUUAGUUGAUGAUUGUGAUGAGUCUUUUAAGAGUAUGAAUGUUCAGUGGGCACAAGGAAAAGCCGGUGAGGAUCGAGUUCAUAUCGUGAUACCAGAGGAACAGGGAUGGGUAUUUGUUGGAAUUUAUGAUGGAUUCAAUGGUCCUGAUGCUACUGAUUAUUUGCUCAAUAAUCUCUACUCCAAUGUUCAUCAAGAGCUCAAUGGAUUGCUAUGUAAUAACAAGUCCAAGAAUGAUGAUCCAUAUCUGAUGGCAGACCACAUGUUUGAUAAAUGUUUACAAUGUUCUGAAACAGAGGAUCAUCCAUGUGGGUAUGGGGAUUUGGAAUUAUAUUGCGAUUCGAGGACAAAGAGGCGAAAGAAAUCCAAGCAAAAAUGGGAGGAAAGAUUGGAGCUUGGAAAUUUGAGUAACUUGGAAAAUGUUGGAAUCAAUCAUUCUGAUAUCUUGAAAGCUCUUUCCGUGGCAUUGAGGAAGACGGAGGAGUCGUUUUUGGAGAUUGCUGAUACGAUGUUGCCAGAGAAUCCAGAGUUGUCUUUGAUGGGUUCUUGUGUUUUGGUGAUGUUGAUGAAAGGGGAAGAUGUUUAUUUGAUGAAUGUGGGGGAUAGUAGGGCUGUUCUAGCUCGGAAAUCUGAACCCGACUUGGCAAGUAUCAAUGAGGAGAAUUUGAAUGAUUUUGAAGCAUUUGAUUGUUUACCAAACUUGAUUUCUCUUCAGCUCACAAUGGAUCAUAGCACUUCAGUGGAAGAGGAAGUGAAGAGAAUUAAGAAGGAACAUCACAGUGAUUCUUCUGCGAUAUCAAAUGAUAGAGUGAAAGGUUCAUUGAAGGUCACUCGAGCUUUUGGGGCCGGAUUUCUCAAGCAGCCAAAAUGGAACAACGCACUUCUAGAGAUGUUCAGAAUUGACUAUGUUGGAAGCUCCCCAUAUAUCACUUGUUCCCCAUCACUCUACCACCACAGACUUGGCCCGAGAGACCGGUUUUUGAUAUUGUCCUCUGAUGGGCUCUAUCAGUACUUCACCAAUGAAGAAGCUAUCUCUGAAGUUGAGGUUUUCACUUCUUCAUUCCCUGAAGGAGAUCCAGCUCAGCAUCUUGUUGAAGAAGUCUUGUUUCGAGCUGCAAAAAAAGCCGGUAUGGAUUUCCAUGAGUUGCUUGAUAUUCCACAAGGAGACCGGCGUCGGUACCACGAUGACGUGUCAAUAAUCAUUAUUUCUUUUGAGGGAAAAAUAUGGCGUUCGUCCGUGUAAAUACUAAUUUAUACACAGACAGAAAGACAAUUUAGUGCACAAGACUCUCGUCAUUCUAAGCUCAAAUGUAUGGUUGUUUCUGUUUUUCCAACUAACGAUGCCUACGUCAAAAUGAAGCAACCUUACUGUUACGCCAAGACCAGCCGCCAAUUUAUACUCAAAUGGGAGAUAAGAAAAUAUUUAUUAAAAAAAAAGAGUUAAUUUCUCUCUUUUUCUGUUCUCUCCAUUUUUUUUUUCUUUUCUUACAAUGUACAGUUUAGGAUUAAUUUUUAAUGAGUUACAGACAGACUGCCUUUUCUGUUUCCCCUUUCGCUAAGAUUGGCCAAUUGAUCUGAUUUCAUUCAUUUGUUAUUUACGGGUU